UGUUGUGACAAGCCCGGAACAUUAAAUAAUGUUAAUUAUCUUGGUAAAUUAUUGAUUUCGAUUUUUAUCCGAGAAAAACAUAUAUUGACUCUAUGGUGACAGGAUUUAUCCAAGUAAUUUGUAAAUAACUAGAAUGAUUUGUGAUAUUUAUCAAUACUAUCGCGCUAAUAUUAAUAACUUUUCUAUUUAGAACUGAAAUAAAAAUCGCAAAUUUAUCUAAUAUAACAGAUCAUUCAGUGUACGCGAAAGAAAAAUUAUGAUGAAUACUACUAUUGAAUGUUAUAAGUGUGCCAAAAGUGAGUGCAAUUUACCACAGGAACAAUGGUCACUUUGCGUGACUGCAUUUAACUGUUGGAAAUCUAUCUCUCGAAAAAAUUCAUUCGUGGUUUGGAGUAAUAGUGGAUGCAUCAAUACAUGGCGUGAAAACAAUACUAUUUGCGGAAAUAGUAGAGGGAUAACUGAAGCUGGAGAUAAUAUCAAAUGCUGUGCAACAGAAUUAUGCAAUGAUUAUGAUUUUCAAGUACAAGAGGCACCAUCUGGUAGUUAUGUGCUGAGUAUUCUUGUCAUCGGUUUCCUUACUAUAUCAUUACUCUUUACAUUGUAUAUGGUGUUCUUUGAAUGCAUGGACAAAUCAUGGAAAAUUGUUCCGCAACGAAGGGCUCAUCCAGUGUUAGACGACGAAGAAGUAAUGGAGGAAAUACCUAUGUAUGUAUAUUAUUCAGAAGCGCUCGCGAACGAAAAUGCCUGGGCUUUUUCUAGAAGAAAUAGUGAAGAGAUUGUAGUACCACCGCCAAUAAUAGGAUUUAAUGCACCUCCAUUACCGGCCACAAGCACAAAUGCCCGGGUCGAUGUUCGUGAGAAAAGUCCAGACAUUCCAGAAAUACCGCUAAUAAUGGUGACUCAACAACCUUCAGAAAGUUCCGGGACUGAAAAUACUGGCAGUAAUUCUAGCAGAAAUAGUCCGGAGGUUCAAGAAAUAACGCAUGUAGUAGAAAUUUAUGCCGAGAAUAAACAAAGAAUACCGAGAAUAAUUGUGACUAGUGCAUCUCCAGAAAGGUUCGUGAACAAAAAUGCUUGCACCGAUGUUGGCCAGAUGAGUCCAGAGAUUCAAGAACUACCGGAAAUAACUAAUGAAUCUCCAAAAAGGCACGUGAAAAAAAUUGCCUGCACCUAUUCUGGUAAGAUGAGUCCAGAAAUUCAAGAACUACCGGAAAUAACUGAAGAAUCUCCAGAAAGGCACGUGCACGAAAAUGCCUGCACCGAUGCUGGCAAGAUGAGUCCAGAGAUUCAAGAGCUACCCGAAAUAACUAAAGAAUCUCCAGAAAGGCACGCGAACGAAAAUGCCUGCACCGAUGCUGGCAAGAUGAGUCCAGAGAUUCAAGAGCUACCCGAAAUAACUAAAGAAUCUCCAGAAAGGCACGCGCACAAAAAUGCCUGCACCGAUGCUGGCAAGAUGAGUCCAGAGAUUCAAGAGCUACCGGAAAUAACUAAAGAAUCUCCAGAAAGGCACGCGAACGAAAAUACCUGCACCGAUGCUGGCAAGAUGAAUCCAGAGAUUCAAGAGCUACCCGAAAUAACUAAAGAAUCUCCAGAAAGGCACGCGCACAAAAAUGCCUGCACCGAUGCUGGCAAGAUGAGUUCAGAGAUUCAAGAGCUAUCGGAAAUAACUAAAGAAUCUCCAGAAAGGCGCGUGGACGAAAAUGCCUGCACCGAUGCUGGCAAGAUGAGUCCAGAGAUUCAAGAGCUACCGGAAAUAACUAAUGAAUCUCCAGAAAGGCACGCACACAAAAAUGCCUGCACCGAUGCUGGCAAGAUGAGUCCAGAGAUUCAAGAGCUAUCGGAAAUAACUAAAGAAUCUCCAGAAAGGCGCGUGGACGAAAAUGUCUGCACCGAUGCUGGCAAGAUUAGUCCAGAGAUUCAAGAACUACCGGAAAGAACUAAUGAAUCUCCAGAAAGGCACGUGGACGUAAAUGUCUGCAUCGAUGCUGGCAAGAUUAGUCCAGAGAUUCAAGAGCUACCGGAAAGAACUAAUGAAUCUCCGGAAAGGCACGUGGACGAAAAUGUCUGCACUGAUGCUGGCACGAUUAGUCCAGAGAUUCAAGAACUACCGGAAAUAACUGGUCAAUCUCCAGAAAGGCACGUGGACGAAAAUACCGAGGCUACCUCUAAAGUAUAGUUCAGCAUGUUAGACAAAGUAUCAAGUCCUUUAUGAAUGGAACGCUUCAAUGACCUUACGAAAGCUCAGCGACUUUUCUAAGCAUAUCUCAUUUAUCAUUUAUCAAUUUAAUUAAUUGACGAACCAAUAAUAGGCUUUCAACUUUCACAAGGAGAUUGGAAAUUUAGACAGUUUUCAACAAACUAACAUUUACAACUUGAGCCUUCAAAAUAUGACUUCGAUUUCCAAGUGGCUGUUUAAAAAAACAAAAGUUUUAUUUCAAUGAAACAAAAUCUGAGGAAACGUGCGAAUUGAUGGACAAUAAUUGAAGGCCUGAAAUUUUCUAUCAUGAGUAUACUACUCAUCUAGAUGACUAAUAUAACGAUGAUCUUGGAUGACAUUUAAUUUUUCAAAGACGUAAUUCUUUUAUUUUUAAUAUCACUAUAAUGAACUGAUGGCGUUCAUUAAUGAUCGAAAACUAGUUGAUAUUUAUAUAUCAUUGUGACUUGCGUAUAUCUUUAAAUGUUUAAUCAUCAGUGAUUUUUAAACAUUUGGUUUGUCUCUAUAUAUUACCAUCGUUAAGCACAGUAAAAAGAUAUUCCGCGGCUUCAAGAAAGUUUUAAUUCCAUUAGUUAUAAUUUUUCAAUUGUACAUAAUUUUUUAUGCAAUUUAUCUCUUGAUUAUUUGUAUGUAUUAUUUUCUCGCGAUAUGUUUUAGUUUACUUAUUUCGAACGCCUUGUACGCAACCUUAAUUUAAUCAUCGAGACUCAGAAUGUUAAUUGUAACAAAUGUCAAGUAUUUAUAUGAUAAAAUUACCUCACACAUGUCGUGUUUAUUAGGGUCAUACGUAAAAAGUGAACGUCGAAGUAGAUCAAUCUACGCGUUUAAAUAUCUGUGGAAUUCCGUGACGCAUCGAGAAGUGCAUAACUAAACUUCAACAUUUUUAAUGGCUUCUAAUGGCUUCAAACAUUUAAUGGACUAAACCAUUAUAAGUUUAAAAUUAAUAUAGGACCACCUAUAGGUUCACAAUCAAGGUGUGCGAGCGAAUAACAUUGUGACGUACAUUAUCGUUCAAUGAUCUCUACUAGGUGCAGGCGAACCUUGAUUAAUUUGUAAAUAUUUAUAAUUUACAAGCAAAUGUAAUUUUUGCGUGUAUUUUGUGGACGUUGAUAUCUUAUGUCAAUAUACAUAUACUUGGUGUAAUUUGGGAAAGCUAGUUUAUUCGUUAUCAUAAAGACGUUUCGUUUCAAGUUAUAACAAGCAUAUGCAUUAUUAUCUUGUUAUAACGGGAACUUUACUCCUUUUUGUACCUUCAUCUUUGUUUGUCCAACUACUUGCCCCUUUCCAUUUUUGUUCCAUUUUUUGUUCCAUUUUUUGUUCCAUUUUUCUUUCAUAUUUCUCGACAUUUUAACAAAUAAAAUCUUUGCCCAUGUAAUAUACCUUAUAUACUCCUUUUUGCUCUUUGCUUCUGCCCCUUCCUUUAAUUCUUCUUUGCCACUGCUUUACCUCGUUCUUUAUAAAUGCAUGAUAUCUGUAGAUAUCUUUUGCACUUUUUUUAUUGGACAAUACAUUUGUAUAAUUUUUCC